UGCAGCAGGCAGCAGGGCCAAGCAGCAGGCGAUGGGGACCUGGAGUCCCAAGCUGUGUGGCACCUGACAUGAGUCUCUGCGGGCCCCUCAACCUGAGCCUGGCUGUCGAGGCGACCACAUGUGCGGAGCCCGGGGUUCUCAACGCGUCGGCUGGGCCUCCCUCCGGCCGGGCAGGCGCGUCACCAGCGCUGCCCAUCUUCUCCAUGACCCUGGGUGCCGUGUCCAACGUGCUGGCGCUGGCGCUGCUAGCGCAGGCCGCGGGCCGCCUGCGGCGCCGCCGAUCAGCCGCCACCUUCCUGCUGUUCGUCGCCAGCCUUCUGGCCACUGACCUGGCAGGCCACGUCAUCCCUGGGGCGCUGGUGCUGCGCCUGUACGCGGCAGGCCGCUCGCCGGCGGGCGGCGCCUGCCACUUCCUGGGAGGCUGCAUGGUCUUCUUCGGCCUGUGCCCCCUGCUACUGGGCUGCGGCAUGGCCGUGGAACGCUGCGUGGGCGUCACGCAGCCGCUGCUGCACGCUGCGAGCGUCUCCACCGCCCGCGCGCGCCUGGUGCUGGCAGCGCUGGCCGCCGUGGCUUUGGCGGUGGCGCUGCUGCCCCUGGCGCGCGUGGGUCGCUACGAGCUGCAGUACCCCGGCACGUGGUGCUUCAUCGGCCUGCGCCCGGCGGGCGGGUGGCGCCAGGCGCUGCUCGCCAGCCUAUUCGCCGGCCUCGGUCUGGUGGCGCUGCUCGCCGCGCUCGUGUGCAACACGCUCAGCGGCCUGGCCUUGCUGCGCGCCCGCUGGCGCCGCCGCUCUCGACGCCGUCCUCCUGCAUGCGGCCCUGAUGGCCGCCGUCUCCGGGGGGCGCACGCGCCCCGCUCAGCCUCAGCUUCGUCCUCCUCGUCCGUCGCUUCUGUCCCCGGAGGCUCCCCGGGCCGUGGCUCAGCGCGCCGUGCCCGCGCUCACGAUGUGGAGAUGGUGGGCCAGCUCGUGGGCAUCAUGGUGGUGUCGUGCAUCUGCUGGAGCCCGCUGCUGGUGUUAGUGGUGCUGGCCGUCGGGGGCUGGGGCUCCAGCUCCCUGCAGCGGCCACUGUUUUUGGCCGUGCGCCUUGCUUCAUGGAACCAGAUCCUGGACCCCUGGGUGUACAUCCUGCUGCGCCAGGCGGUGCUACGCCAACUGCUUCGCCUCCUGCCCCCGAGGGCCGGCACCAAGGGCAGCCCUGCGGAUCUGGGCCUAACCAGGAGCGCCUGGGAGGCCAGCUCGCUGCGCAGCUCCAGGCACAGUAGCCUCAGCCACCUGUAGGCGAGCCAGGAGUCCCAGCGGCUAAGUCAGACCACCCCGGGCCGGGCCCAGGACCGCAGCGCGGAGCCUUCGGGGGAAUAAAGUCAUUCUGAGGACCUGC